AUGCUUUUAAACGUAACUUACUUAAUAUGUAGGAUAAGUAAGACAUAACAAGUAAACUGUAAGACAUAAACAAAUUUACGUCUUUGCUGCCAACGGUUUACAGCAUAGGCAAUAAGUCAAAUUUCACCUAUUCAUCCCAAAUUUAAGGAAUUUGCGAAUACCGAAAACAACAACAAAGAUUACUAUGUCGACUUAAAAUCUCACACACUCAUCGAAAUUGUAAAUACUGUAAAAUAUGGUUAGCAUUGGAUGCUGCAAAUAGAAUCCAUACCUUUCGUGUAAAAGUGAAUCAGUGAGUGAGUGGUUAUAGAAAUCAAUCUAUCAAUUAUUUUAGAUAGAAAAUUUACAAACAAUGACUUUGAAAAAUAAAACUAAAUACAUUUUAUUGAUGUCAUUUUAUUGGACCUACUCCUUAAUAGUUAUGACGAACGCUUUCAGUUUACAAUACUAUGGAAAUACUAAACAUAAAAUUAUGUCCAAUCAUUGUUAUCAGGAAGAAUUAGGUCUAUUGGUACCUAUCAAUGAAACUAUAUACCCGACUAACAUUGAAUAUAUGUGCAUAAGAGCCUAUUGUCGGGAUGAUUACGUUCUAAUAUUGAAACACUGCGAUCGCAUUUUAUUAAAUCCUUAUUGCCGUCAGACGACAUACGACUAUACAAGACCAUAUCCGGAUUGCUGCCCGAAACUCUAUUGUAAUUAUAUAUUUGAUAAUUAACAUAUAUAUAAAUAAAACAAGAAAGUUGUUUCCACGUUCACAAAAAUUUUGGAUAUCAACUGUUACAAGCAAACAUAUAAAAAUGUUCAUAAUUAUUGGUUCGUUCGAUAAUCAGUGCCAUUUUUUACUGAACUCUGCA